AUGAGUACUAUAAGAUCAAUAGGCAACCAAAAAUUGCCUAUGAAAUUAGAAGGAGUACCAUCAGUGCUACGAACAUUGCGUAUACGAAUUGAUUUUUUUGAUCGAAAAUCAAUUGAUGUGAAUGCUAUUGUGCAGGACUGUCUUCCAGAUGGAUCCUGCAUUGGAACUGUUGUGGGUUGUCACGGUACGCCAGGCUCACAUAAUGAUUUCAAAUAUAUUUUGCCAUAUUUACACAGUUAUGGGAUUCGUUUUAUAGGCAUCAAUUUUCCAGGCCAAGGCUACACUCCACAUCAUGAAGAAUUAAAUUAUACUAAUGAGGAGCGUAUGCAAUUUGUUCAAAAAAUUAUCAAUAUGAUGGAUGUUGGUGAUAAUAUUGUAUUCUUAGGCCAUAGCAGAGGAACGGAAAAUGCUCUUCGAUUGGCUGCAAGAAAUCCGGAUCGGUGUAAAGGUGUUGCACUAAUUAAUCCAAUAGGUAUUAAGGUUCAUCACAGCAUUAAGCCCACUUGGUUGAUCAUUUUUGGAUUAUGGCUUUGGGAAACAUUCAAGAUAUUUCGUUUUAUUUUACGAUAUUUGUUUUAUAGAAUAUUUCAAAUGUUGAAAAUGAAAGUGAAAAAUGGUGAUGAAGCUGCAAUUUGUCUUAAAUUAACAACUAAUAUUGAUCUGACAGAUCAAAUGCGAUAUAUCAAUAUGUUGAAUAAUAAUAAAACAAAAGUUUUGAUUGCUUACUCAGCGUUGGAUCAUCUUAUUGAAAUAUCAAUCAGUCAACAGUUUGCAUCACUUUUCGAUAAUAUCAGCCAUAUGAAUUGUUCAUCAGCAACAGGAAGUAAUAUGUCGUCAGUGCUGGAUUAUAUUCCGAAACAGUAUGCCCAAACAGAUCGAUCUUUUUCAGUUUGUUUUGAAAAUGAAGGCCAUUACUUACAAAAAUAUCAGGCAAAAUUCAUUGCAAAUUGCACAUAUUCAAUGCUGAUAGCAAGAAAUAGUUUACAUCAAAAUGUUGAAAAUGGAUUUAAAUCACUUUUAUAA